CUGGAAUUUACCGUUGAAUCCCCUUCGUCCCCAUUUCGUUUUAGGAAUAAUUUUCAACUACAUUUACCGUCACUUACCGUCCUUUGCAGUGCUCCUGCAUCGCCGGCAAGGACUUCUGAGUCAUUGGCAGCUGCUCUCGAACGUUCGCUGCAAUACGAUCGGAGUCGUGGGCCACCGGCGAUGCCACCAGAUGCCAAGGUGCUGCUCGUCAUCGAUAAUCAAGUCGUAGACUGGAGCAAGUAUUUCCGAAAUCCUAAUGACUUUCCAAUUCGGGUUGAACAGGCAGACUUUCCCGAGCUCGAUGUGCUAUGUACCGAACACAGCUUGACCAUAGAAAUCAAUCAGGUCGGACGAGAUCCAAGGACCUUCUGUCCACAAGCAGCAUUCGUCGGUCCAUCAGCUACGCGCAGUCCUCAGUCGAAGACAAUUUUGCGAGCGUUGAUAGCAGCCAAUAUCCCGUUUGUCAAUAGUCACACGUCAAUGAUAGCUUUCAUGGAUAAAAACAACUUGAAGAAGCAGUUACGUAAGCUGGUGCUUCCCGAUAAUAGCCGUAUACCGUUCUUGCCCACGAUACACUAUCCCCACUUUCAUCGAUUUCACCAACCAACAACUUUCCCUGUGGUGAUUUCGGUUAAUGAAGGCUACCAGGGUAUCGGAAAGAUGAAAGUGAACAGUCAAGAAGAAUUGUGUGACGUUGAGGGUAUGCUCCAGAUUAUGGGCAAAGGCGAUACCGAGGUAGAAGUGGAGCCGUAUGUUGAUCUGAAGUUUGACGUGCAUGUACAGAAAGUCGGCCACGACAUCAAAACGUUUCUGCGUAGGGGUAUAUCGAAGAAUUGGAAAAGCAACGUUGGCUCGGCUGUGUUGGAACAGAUUCCGACAAGCGAUCGGCAUAGACAGUACAUACAUGCGAUUUGCGAGCAUGUUGGCCGAAUGUCGAUUUGUUCGAUAGACAUACUAGUCUCCAAAGAAGGACGAGAAUAUGUGCACGAUGUCAAUGACGUUAUCGCUCUUUUCGGUGAAUCACAAGAAGACGAUCGACGGAAUGCUGCCGCUCUGUUACGAGCGAUUUUGGCUCCUCCUCCUCGACUACCAUCCCGUCCAUCGAUGGAACGACCGAAGGAGGCAGUUAGGGCGCCUGCCCAGAAUAACGUUCGUCCUCACCCUACUGAGAAGCGACCACUGGAAGUUCCCGAGAUCAAAGCAGAGCCUAAAGAACAGCCGCCUGUGACUUCACAAUCCUCAUUCGCCGAUGACACAAUGGGACAGCUUAAGCGCACGUUUGCUGGUAUAUUUGGCGAGGUCAGCUGA